GUGUUUAAAGUGUAUUCAUUGCAUGUAAAAUAUAUCGGCAUGCGAUGACGUCACAUCCGGUUUCGCCGCGUCUUGUGGGAAAACACCGGUUUGAAAUUAGCGCGAGGGUGGGGGCUUUCCACGAGGCUCACCUGAGCACAAGCAGUUUUGCAGGCAUGAGAAAUCACAGUGAGAGCAACGCUUUUUCACCAUAUGUUAAUGUGAAGAGUGAACAGUAAAUGGUUAAUCUUACUGCGAUCUGGUUCUUAUUAACUGUGGUUUAUCCGGACGUUAAAUUCGGCGUUCGUUACACCCGAAGGAGAACGUGACAGUGAAAAAGCGGCAUUAUCAGGUGUUUCAAGUGCUGCAAUGUCAGCUCAAUCCAGCAUCAAGUCGACGCCGCCCAGCGACAAGGGCGGUAAACCGACAUCAAGUAAGUCCACCCAGGCAAGAGCCAAGGCAGAAGCCGCCAAGGUGCGACUGCAUUACGCCAAACAAGAAGCAGUUUUGAAAAUGAAACAGGCCACCAGAGAAGUCGAAAUCCAGAAAGAAAGGGCCGCCAGAGAAGCCGAAGCGGCCGCCCGAGAAGCCGAAAUCCAGUUGGAAAUGGCAAAAAUAUCGACAGAGUUGCAAGUGCUGCAGCUAGAAAGAGAAGAAGAAGCUGCCAUGGCGGAAGCAAAGUACAUAGAACAAGCUGAAGGGUCGCGUGAUCUGACCGAAGUAAGAUCUACUUUAGAAAGGACCAGACUGGAACGCACAAGCGACUAUGUACAGUAUCAAAUAGACAGGCAGGCUCGUCUCCCCUCUCCAUACCUAUUCGAUAACUUCCCCAGCUACGAGGAACCUCAGAGAGUCACGAUUGCAUCACAUCCAUACGAGGAAGGAAAUUUACCCUCACGGCUCUGUGAUGAAGUCAAGAAUGAAAGAACCGUCAACGCUCCUUCACCCCCACAACAGGACGGCGGGGAGGGAGAGGUUCACUCCAGGACAACAAUUGUCAGCUCGAACUGUACAGAAGUUUGCGGUCAAACUCAGUCAAGCCGUUAUUGUUCCGAGAUCUGCCUCACUGAGGUGUACCCUAAAGAAGCACAACAAGACAUUACCAAGCGUAAAGUAACCGACGAGACGCUAGGUCAGUCAGUUUUCGUUCAAACCGAGCACGGAAACAAACUUGCACAAUCAGCUCAAGAUACCAUUUCUUUAAAACCCAAAGACACCAAGGUCUUCAGAGGUGAAGCAAAUAAUGGGGUUGCCCCAUUGCCAAUCAGAGAACCACGCCAGCGCUCACCAGAUAACAAAGAGCAGGCAGUCAAACGGUUCACGUCCUUACGGAAAACCCGGAAAAGGAAACCUGAGAUGCAGCAACACACCCGAUUGGCCCACGAGGUACUGUGCACCCUAAUGGCAGAGGUCACAGCCAUUAUAAACGCACAAUCAUACCUACCUGUGUCUUCUGACCCAGAAUACCCCUUUAUACUUUCGCCAUCAACGCUCCUUACGCAGAAGGCAGGGGCACCUCCUCCACCAGGAGACUUCUCAGACAAGGAUUUGUACACAAAGCAAUGGAGACAAGUCCAGGCUCUGGCAAAUCAGUUCUGGCCUCGCUGGAGACAAAAAUAUCUACCUUUGUUGCAACAGAGACAAAAGUGGACAGAACCCCACAGGAAUCUGGCCAACGGCCAGAAUCACUGUUACAUUCCCUAGCGGGGAUGGACAUGUCAGGAAGAUCGAAUUGAAGACUACCGACCAAGGCGAUGUGAAAAUUUACCAAGGGCCAGUUACAGAAGUUAUUCUACUUCUACCCAAUGACUGAUUAAGAGACUAAGUUUUGUACUCUGCUCAUUGUGACCUUACGAAGGUCAAGCGGGGAGUGUGCUGUCUUUACGACAGUUAUUUAGUUUAUAAUAUUUUCGCUUAGUAAUUCAUUCAAUAGUAUUUUCUAGUUAGAAUUAGAAGUGUUUAAAGCAUAUUCAUUGCAUGUAAAAUAUAUCGGCAUGUGAUGACGUCACAUCCGGUUUCGCCGCGUCUUGUGGGAAAACACCGGUUUGAAAUUAGCGCGAGGGUGGGGGCUUUCCACGAGGCUCACCUGAGCACAAGCAGUUUUGCAGGCAUGAGAAAUCACAGUGAGAGCAACGCUGUAAGUUAAUAGAUAAUCGAUAUAUUGAACUAAGAUAUUAAUGCUGAUCCUGUUAGAGGUAACGACGGUAGAUAAUGUUUAUGCUUUCGUUAGUUAAAGAGUCGCGGAUAGUUUGCAUGGAAGUGUAUUUAAAGUAGUCAAUGGAGCAGGUAAACUCUCCCUGUAUACUGCACCUUAGUGUAAUGUAGUUAUAGUCACCUUUGCAAGUAUUUACACUUGAAAUGUGAUAUUAAGGAAGGAACAAAUACUGUAUCAAUCUUGUAUUGUUUUAUCAACAGUUUUCACCAUAUGUUAAUGU